UGAAAGGUGUUGCUGGAGGGGAAGUUUGGAGAAGGUCGUCGGGUGCCUGUGCGCUCCGGCAGCAUCAUGGCGGAGCAGGGCGAGUCGCCGGUCCACGUCCAGCAGCCCCAGCCGGCGCCUGCACCCGCCGCCCCGGCCGCCGGCUGGCCCAUCUGCAGGGACGCCUACGAGCUGCAGGAGGUGAUCGGUAGUGGUGCUACAGCAGUUGUCCAGGCAGCGCUCUGCAAACCCAGGCAAGAACGUGUAGCAAUAAAGAGGAUCAACUUAGAAAAAUGCCAAACCAGUAUGGAUGAAUUACUUAAAGAAAUUCAAGCAAUGAGUCAGUGCAAUCACCCUAAUGUGGUGACCUAUUACACAUCUUUUGUGGUGAAGGAUGAACUGUGGCUGGUUAUGAAGCUAUUAAGUGGGGGUUCAAUGCUUGAUAUAAUAAAGUAUAUUGUCAACAGAGGAGAGCACAAAAAUGGUGUGCUUGAAGAACCCAUAAUAGCAACAAUUCUUAAAGAAGUUUUGGAGGGUUUAGACUAUCUACACAGGAAUGGGCAAAUUCACAGAGAUUUGAAGGCUGGCAACAUUCUACUGGGUGAGGAUGGCUCUGUACAAAUAGCAGAUUUCGGUGUUAGUGCAUUUUUAGCAACUGGAGGUGAUGUAACUCGUAACAAAGUAAGGAAAACAUUUGUUGGUACUCCCUGUUGGAUGGCCCCUGAAGUAAUGGAGCAGGUGCGAGGUUAUGACUUCAAGGCCGAUAUGUGGAGUUUUGGGAUAACAGCCAUUGAGUUAGCAACAGGAGCAGCACCUUAUCACAAAUACCCUCCUAUGAAAGUGUUAAUGCUAACGCUUCAAAAUGACCCUCCCACUUUAGAGACAGGUGUAGAAGACAAGGAGAUGAUGAAAAAGUAUGGCAAAUCCUUUAGAAAACUAAUCUCAUUAUGCCUUCAAAAAGAUCCUUCCAAAAGGCCCACAGCAGCAGAACUUUUAAAAUGCAAAUUUUUCCAGAAAGCCAAGAAUAGAGAAUACCUGAUUGAAAAGCUUCUCACUAGAACACCUAAUAUAGCACAAAGAGCAAAAAAGGUCAGACGAGUGCCAGGUUCCAGUGGUCACCUCCAUAAAACAGAAGAUGGGGACUGGGAGUGGAGUGAUGAUGAAAUGGAUGAGAAGAGUGAGGAAGGCAAAGCUGCUAUUUCUCAGGAAAAGUCACGAAGACUGAAAGAGGAGGAGAACGUAGAGUCUCAGCCUGCUGUUAGUGAGGAAUACAGUGAAGUUCCAUGUGCGGUGAAUCUUGUCUUAAGAUUAAGGAACUCCAGGAAAGAACUUAAUGACAUACGGUUUGAGUUUACUCCAGGCAGAGACACAGCAGAUGGCGUUUCUCAGGAGCUCUUCUCUGCAGGCCUGGUUGAUGGCCAUGAUGUAGUUAUAGUUGCUGCUAACUUACAGAAGAUAGUAGAUGAUCCAAAGGCCUUGAAAACAUUGACUUUUAAGUUGGCCUCUGGCUGUGAUGGCACUGAGAUUCCUGAUGAAGUGAAACUGAUUGGUUUUGCUCAGUUAAGUGUCAGCUGAUGUCUGUCCCUUGACCCCAAGCCGAAUUGUGAGAUUGCAAAAAAG